UCAGCCAUUUUUUGCUCCAGCAAUAAAUUCAAUGCCGGACGUCGGAUUUUCAGACUACGAGGCACAAACAGCUAGACAGUACAACAGACUGGUGAAACAGAUGCCCGCACGGGACAUGGUUAAAUAUGAGGAACAGCGACAAGCGUUUGGAGAGGCGUUCUAUGGAGGAGCGCAUACGAUACAGCAAGGACUCCAUAAAGACGAUCCCAAGGCAAUUGAUAAUAUGGUCAAGGAUCUGGAAAAUCAAAUAUCGAAACGGAAGAGCUUCUCGCGACGUAGAACACACAACGACGAUGCGGACAUUGAUUACAUUAAUGAGAAGAAUCAGCGGUUCAACAAAAAGCUGGAACGAUUCUACGGCGAACACACAGCGGAAAUCAAGCAGAAUCUGGAACGAGGUACGGCCAUAUAGGCACCAGCACCUACUGUACGCAAUGA